AUCAGUGAUUUAAAGUUUUUGUUAUACAAAUAUAAAAUGAUCAAAAUACCAUAUGAUUAGAAAUGAUCACUUAAUAUAUAUAUCAAUAUUAAAAAUACAUUAUAUGUAAGUUAAUAUCAUUAAAAUUUACUUAUAUACCAUAUAAAAUAGAAAAGGUGAUUGUUUGGAUUAGCGAAAUUUAUUUGUGUGUUCACACCAAUUUAAUUAUGUACUAGCUUUUGACCCGCGCGUCCGCGCGGGUGUUUGUUCUACAUAUCAUAUGUUUCUAACUUUUGAAAAUUUGAUAAAUUUAAUUGUUUAUACUCAUUAUUAAUUAGAUUCAUAUGUUUUUUAGGUAUGAGAUUGAUGUAUCUUGUUCAAUGUGAAUAUUUGAGAUUUACGUAUACUUGCGGGUUUUUCUAAAUUAUAUUAUAAACUAUUAUGUUUUAAAGUUGAAUAUAAACUCCAAAUUUUUAUUGAGUUUUGUAAAACAAAUACAGAAUUUAGACAAACCAAAAAAAAUAAUGAAACCAAGUUACAAAAAAAAAACAUUCAAAAAUAAGAAGAACAGUCAUGACCAGUUACUUAGUUUAGAUUAUGUUUAAAAAAAAAGAAUGUAAAAAAAACAGAUUUUAAAAAAUUGUAUUUAGCAAACCUAAUUAAUGUAAUUAAAUAGGGCUAUUUUGUUUAUGAAAAAAGUUGGUACAUCGUAAUGGACAUUUUCUAAUAAUCCAAACCCAUAUGUGUAUAUUUAAUAAAUCUAUUUUAUUAAAGCAAGAGUGGGAUUUUAUUUGACAUAAAAUAUUUUAUUUUGAAAAGAUAUAUUUAUUUUUAUAGAUAAACAUACUAAUUGUUUUUUAGUUUAUAAAUAAACACAUCAAAAAUAAAUAAUAUAAUUAAAAAUUUACUAAUUGACGAAUAUAUUAUAUAACAUAUUAUUUUUAUAGUUUAGUAUCUAACUACAAUAUGAGUAACCAACAAAUUAUAAAAAAUAAAAAAUAUUGGUCUACCAUAAAUGUUGUAUACUACAAAUCGAAAACAAACACCCAUAUAGAUAUAGGUGAUGUAGUGUUUUUAAUGACUUUUAACAUCUAAUUUUAUCUCAUUUUAGUAAUUUAUAUUGCAUAUUAGGAGUAUAUAUUGCAAUUUUUUUGCAUAAUUGUAUAUAAAAGGAUUAAAGUGCACACUUGAAAAGUUUGGGGCAAAAUUAUGAGGUUAUUCCUGUGAAUUUAGAAGUAUUGGGGCAAAUGUGAACAACAGUAAAUGCAGGUACCAAGGUUACAAAAUCGGAAUAUUUGCUGGGUUUAGAUAUCACUAUUAAAAUAUUCGGGGUUGAUUUGGAAGGAUAUUUCUGCAAUUUACAAAGCCUUUGGUCGAUUUAAAAAUAAUCAGAAAUAUGAGGGACCUAAGUGAAAAUACAGAGAAGCCAGCCAUUGGAAUGGAUCGAGCUUUAUCUUUGCCAGAUCUGGAGUUUGAAGACGCCGGCGGCCAUGACGACGAAGCCCACAACGGAGCAGAGUCAGGGAAUGGAGACGUCAUGGACUUUAGACACGUUAAGCAUUAAGCAGCAGAGAUGGAGAUUGGAGGCCAUAGAGGAAGAAGAGCCACAGCGGCUAGGUGCACAGCGGCAAGCACAGUGAGUCGACGACGAGAAGCCAUCUCGGAAAGCCUUCAUGAUCAGCGGAGUUAAGAUUUGAAGAAGAUACGUGAACUCUCAAUUCAAGAUUUCGUGUGUUUUAAAAAAAUUUGGUUGAGUAAUUAAAUAAAACGACAGUGUUUUAAUUUCAGUGGCAUACCAUUGUAAUUAUUGAGGAAAACUCAGGGCUAAGUACAAAAUGUACUCCUGUUUUAAUAGUUUAGAUGUAAUAAUUGCUGAUUUCUUAAUUAUUUAAUAUAUAUAUAUAUAUUAUUUUUAUAAUAUGUAAAAACAUAUAAUGCAUAAAUUAUAUAUAUGCGCGGGUCUUAAUCAAGUACUUGUAUAUAAUACUUGUAAAUGAGUACUUAGAGUAAUUAAUUAAACACAUGUAUAUAUAGUGAACAUUGUACACACAUUAUCUUUAAUGAAGAUAUUUUCACUUUAUUCUCUAUGUAAACAAAUUCCAUUUUCUUUCGUCAAAUCCAAUGUUAUCCUCUUUUUUUUAGUGCAACAUCCAAUGUAAUCUAAUUUGUAUAAUAUGUGGCAAUAGGGAUUAAACAAAGAGAACUAGUGUGGUUUUGAAUAAAUUUUCUAAACUAUAAGCUUUUUGUAUGUUUGUUUGUGGAAGUCAAGAACAUAUUCUACAUACAAAGUCAAUCAUUAAUAUUGAUUAACUUCACUUCUGCAGAAUUAAGUGAUCACAACGUACGUAUAGAUCCAAUUAACUCCUUUCACAUAGCAACGAAAGAAUCUUCACCAAUACCAAGUCAAAGUCAAUGUUGUCUCUUAUCCUUAAUCCUUAUAUACAUCUUCCAACACAACUCAUUUUAUCAAUAAAAGCAUAGUCUUCCAUUGUUCUAUGUACAUACAUUCACCGCAGGAGCUAGUUCUUCUCUCCUUAUUAUUCUCAAGAAAAUGCCUAUUGGUGAGGUUAUUGUAGGGGCUGCUCUUGGAAUUACUCUGCAAGUGCUUCAUCAAGCUAUCAUAAAAGCAAAAGAUAAAUCUUCAACCACAAAAUGUAUCUUGGUUCGCCUCGAUGCUACAAUCUCCAGGAUCACUCCGUUGGUGGUUCAUGUCGAUAAGAUCAGCAAAAGAGUAGAAGAUUCUGAGAGGAAAGUCAUUGAAGAACUCAAGCGUCUUCUUGAAAAGGCUGUUUCUCUUGUUGAGGCUUAUGCAGAACUCAGACGCAGAAACCUACACAAGAAGCAUAGGUACAAGAGUAGAAUCAAAGAGUUAGAAGCUUCAUUAAGAUGGAUGGUAGAUGUGGAUGUUCAAGUCAACCAAUGGCUAGAUAUCAAAGAACUCGUGGCUAAGAUGUCUGAAAUGAACACAAAACUCGACAAGAUCACGUGCCAACCAACUGAUGGUAGUUGUUUCAAGAGCAAUGAUAGCACAUCACCAGUGUUAUCACAAAGUAGUAGGCUCGAAGCAACAGACGGAUCUUCAGAGGAAGAUGAAGAAGAAAGCUCAAGUAAUGGAUCCGAACCAAGGAUCGAUAUCCACCUGCGAUGGAGUUCAAGAAAAGGAAGAAAAGAUCGUGAGAUCCGAUUCACGGCCAAGUGAUGGCUUAAGCAACAAGUAAAAUGAAUGCUCAUUUUGUGAAAUAUGAUUAUCCUUUUUUUUUUGUUGUGGUUGUGUGGAAUGGAAAUGGAAUCAUGUACACAAAUAAAAAUGUAGUUUACCAAAACAAAUGUGUAGAAAUGUAGAAUUCUUUUUUUCUCAAAUCUAAAUGUCAAGUACAAAAUACCAAUAUAACGAAUUUUAUAAAUGAAGGAUGUGAGAGGAA